AUGUUCUUUCGGGGUUCAGUACCGGCCGAACUGGGGGAUAUGGAAGCUCUGAAUGAGUUAGACCUAAGUAACAACAUGUUAACUGGUUCAAUACCUCCGGCAAUAGGGAAUCUUAACAAUCUGUACCUAUUGGACCUAAGUAACAAUGCCUUGAAUGGUUCAAUCCCUAUGGAAAUUGGAGAUAUAGAACAGCUGACGCGCCUUAAUCUCGGCCACAACAAACUACAAGGUGCAAUACCUGCAACAAUGGGGAAUCUUGGGAAUCUCUACCUAUUGGACCUGAGUAAAAAUUUGUUGAAUGGUACAAUCCCUAUGGAAAUUGGAGAUAUGGAACAGCUUUCACUACUUAAUCUCAAUCACAACAAGCUACAUUGUCCGAUGCACGGAGAGAUAGGGAAACAUGAUUCUUUGGAUUUGUCCUACAAUGAUUUAGAAACUCCAUGUAAAAGCAGAGAGAAAAGGCUUAAUUUCAAGAUUUCCAUCAUUCUCUCUCUUUUUGGUAUCAUACUUAUUGUUGCAAUUAUAAAUUCCAUCAUUGAUACAAGUGCACAAAAAAAUGGAGAUAUAUUUUCCGUAUGGAACUACGAUGGCACAAUUGCAUAUAAUGGAAGUUAUGGGAGUGUUUACAUAGCAAAGCUACCUACUGGGAAGGUAGUUGCUGUAAAGAAGCUUCAUCGCCUAGAAGCUGAAGAGAGAGCCUAUUAUGAGAGCUUCAUUAAUGAGAUCCAUGUAUUGACAAGAAUACGACAUCGGAACAUUGUGAAACUUUAUGGGUUUUGCUACCAUCCAAGCUGCAAAUUUUUAGUUUACCAAUAUAUCAAAAGGGGAAGCUUAGCUUAUGUACUUGGAAAUGAAACAGAAGCUGUGGAAUUGGAUUGGUGGAAAUGUUUAAAUAUCAUCAAAGGAGUCGCUCAUGUUUUGUCUUACAUGCAUCAUGACUGCACGCUACCAUUAAUUCAUCGGGACAUAUCAAGCAAUAAUGUUUUGUUGGAUGAAGAACUUGAGCCUCAUGUCGGUGACUUUGGGACUGCUAAAUUUCUAAUUCCUGAUUCAUCCAAGUGCACUGUACGUGUAGGCACAUAUGGAUAUAUUGCUCCAGAGCUUGCUUAUACAAUGGUUGUGACGGAAAAAUGCGAUGUUUUUAGCUUUGGGGUCUUGACACCAGAGACAAUUAUGGGAAGACAUCCGGGUGAACUCAUCUCUUCACUAUCCUUCUCAAAUGGAAAUGGUAUAAUACUAAAGGAUUUGUUGGACCCACGUCUCCAACCACCAACACAAUCGGCAACACAAUAUUUGACUUUCUCAAUGAUGCUUGCAAUUGCAUGCUUGCACACCAAUCCAAAAUCUCGUCCAAUUAUGCAAUACAGUUCUCAGGAACUAGAAAAUAUUGCCAACCCUCAUAACAUCCCUUUUGCACAAUUUCAUUGUGGCAAUUAGGAAACCUUGAAAUAAAAUUAGAUCCAUAAAGUUUGAUG